UCAGUAAAAGUAAAUAAACCGAUUUAUGACCACACAACUUAGUCAAUUGGCAGUAGGCAUACAUAGACUUUAUUUCUUAUAAUUGUGAUAGCAGUUGUGUUCUUAUUGUGUUGUCAUUUUCUGAACUAUAAUACGUUGUUUUUAACAUUGUGGAUGUAGGCUUAUAGCAGGCACACGUUUUCAAACGAGGUAAGUAUUUUGAGUGCACAUGUCAAUUAAGUAAUUGGCGAAAGUGAGUGAGAGAGUCAGAGGGAGAGGAGGGCGCUGAGCCCGACAGUGGGCUCCAGACAGACUUACUGGCUGCAGAUGAAGUUUUCUCUCACACUGCACCGUGGGACUUUUAGGAAUUCCUAUUAACCAACCAGACUCUAUAUCUCCUGACUGACAUGCGAUGUUCCGUGCAGCCUUACAAAACAUGCACUUGCUGUGGGUGAUUUGGUUUUAUUUUGUUUCUCUACCGGAGACUGGCUGUAAAUCAGCCGAUGCAAGCAGCUGUCAUGAGGUGAAGACAGCCUACAUGAUGCGCCAAAUAGGCCCGGUGGAGCUGGUGCCAGACAGGCCGGGAACAGAUGAGUCUCAGCGAGUGUGUGUCUACCCAGGGCCCAGCUGCUGUACCAGUAAGAUGGAGGACAGCUACAUGGCGGCGGUUCGCAGUGAGACGCAGCAGAAGAUGCGGUCCUACAGCUUUGAACUUAAGUACCUGAUCGCUGGACACACCAAGGCCUACCAAGACACCUUUGAGUCCCUCGUGUCCCUCACAUCUAACCUGACCAGCACUCUGUUCGACAGCGCCUACUCUGCCCUGGCGUCCGACUGUCGCCCCCUAGUGUUUCAGCUCUUCGGCGACAUCAAACGGCACCUUUCCGGAGACUCCAAGUCAACAUUGAACAACACUGUGCGUCGGUUCUACAAUGAUCUUUUCCCAUUGGUCUACCGCCGCCUGCUCAACCCUGGGAUCGGCCACAUGACACCCAAGUCCUAUGUCCCGUCCUCCACAAAUCACGACGACUGCUUGCGGAUGACCCGGCAGGAUGUCAGCCCUUUCGGACCCCAUCCUCACCUCCUGGUCAGCAGCUUGACCCGUGCACUCGGGGUGGGCCGAGCACUGAGCCGACUGCUGGUACUGGCCGGAGAGGUUGUAAACGCGACCGAGAGGGCAACAUUAUCAAGAGAGUGUGGGCGAAGCUUAGUGAAGAUGCAGUACUGUUCCCACUGCAGAGGGAUGACACUGAUACGGCCCUGUACCGGACUGUGUGUCAACAUUAUGAGAGGGUGUCUGGUGGGUGUAUCAGAGCUUGGUGCCCCCUGGGGGAGUUUGGUGGUGUUGCUUCAACGGUUAGCUGCUACCUUAGCAACCAGCAGCAACCACAACAGCAUGGAGUUAGCUCUGUUAGCAGUCCGAAAUCAUGUGAAUGAUGCAAUACUGCACGCACAGCUGCACGGGCCACGCGUUACAGCCACAGUAGAGAAGGUGUGUGGACCCCAGGCAGCUGGUCCCAUGAUGCCAAGUGCAAAUCCCACCACCUCGCAUGUUAAAACCUCUGUGAGCCCUUCUACGUCAGUAACCUCAGAGAGGUUUAAUGUGACAUUGCCUCCCUCAGUGGGCCCGGCUGCUCACCAGCGUCUGCAGCCGCAAUCCCGCAGGUCAUUCCUACUUAAAGGCUCCAGAGGAGACAAGAGUCGCAGCCUGAAAAAAUUGUCAAGGGAGUUUGAGGGCUCUAUCCAGCGGUACCAGUGGUUUUUCUCAGAGCUGCCAGAGAUGCUAUGUGAAAGUGAGAUGGAGGUUGAGCAGCACACAUGCUGGAGUGGCCAAGAACUCGUAGAAAGUUAUGCAGGUCUUGUGGUUGGCAGCGGUUUAAAAGCCCAGAAGGAGAACCCAGAGAUGACUGUCCGUAAUACAGAUCCUGUGCUGAAGGGGGCGAAACAGAGGCUGGAGCAGCUAACACAGGAGGUAUUAGUGGACCUCGGCUGGGUGAGCAAAACCAGAGGAAAGGUGGAUGAAGAGGAAGAGGGAGGGAGCGCACAGACAGAGAGAGGAAGCGGAGACGACUGCGAUGAUGAAGAUGGCUGUGAAGCUUCUGGUAUGGAGAAUGACGAUGAGACAGGUGAUACAUCCAGCGGUCGUAGUCCAGUGACAAAGGACAUGGCUCGUCCUCCUCGUCGCUUCGUCCCUCCUCAUCACCUCUCACCUCCACAGGUGGCAGUUCACGGCUCAGCCCACACGCUGUCUGUUGAACCUUUGGUCCUGGCGUCCAUGCUGCUCCUUCUGCUGUCACCGUGGGAACACUGCUGAUCACAGAGAGGGACAGACAGAGACAAAAAGACUGAGAGACAGCCACAAUUGUUUUGUGGUGAAGUUGAGUAUUUGCAGUUUUUGUAAGCACAGGUCAAACCACUCUGAUCGUUUAUGUUUCAGGUGGGACAAUCUGUCGGUUCAUCACAGUUGAAGGUGCACAGUAUGCAUUUCAAAGUUACCUGUACUGACCUCUACAUGUGUUUGGUUAUGUGUCUUUAACUCUGAUAGGAUAGGUUGCACAGCACUACUGACUUUUUUAAAGAGAGAUGUAAAUACAAAUAUACAGUAUAUAUUAUAUAUUUAUAUGAAGAUGUUCUAUGGAUAACAAUGGCUUGAUGUGUAAAUAGAGAUUAAUACAGAACAGAAGAGAUUGACUUGGAUGUUAAGUAGUGUUUUGUUUGGUUUGACCUUUACAUUAUGUAUCCCCCAUGGAGAUCCAUGGCAGCUGUAGUUCAAGCUGAAGGUCUUCACUGUAUAGCAGCAGUGUGCUCACAGUGAGGGCACAGAGAACUC